AGUGCUCGCAUGGUGCUCGGAGCAAACUACGGCUUGGAGCAUGGAUAUAGGCUCGGACUAAUCGAAGUUUGUGGCUGAUGUUCGUCAUGGAAAAGGCGUCAGGUUAAUAUCCAAAUUUGCUUCUGAAAUAACCGGCAGUUCUUAACUAACUACGGCUAACCCACUUCACUAACAUUGAAUAACGAUGAAAUUUCAACUUGACAGAAGAGCUGCCGUUGACUUGUGAAAGCUGCCUGAAUGCGAUUGAGGACGACGAAUAUUCGCAGGCACUUCACGCGGUGUGGCAUACCGAUUGUUUCAGGCGAGUUGUCGUUGAAUUCCUGUUCUUUGCCUUCACAAAAUUAACUAAAAAAUGUGCUCCGUGUGUGAUGUUUCCUUGAACAGCUGGUACUUUGAGAAGGAUGGGAUGCUGUUCUGCAAGAGUGACUACCUGUCUAACUACGGCGAGGUGUGCCAAAAUUGCUCAGAGAUUAUUACUGGCCCAGUAAUGGUUGCAGGAGACCACAAAUUUCAUCCCGAGUGCUUCUGCUGUGCAAGCUGUAAUGCAUUUAUUGGGGAUGGCGAUGCAUAUGCUUUAGUAGAGCGUUCCAAGCUUUAUUGCGGACCUUGCUACCGGCACCACAUGCAGCCACUGAGCCAACGCAGUGUCCUGGGUGGGCCACAGCCCCACAGCAUCCAGUUGCUUGAGAUUCCAGCUACUGGAGGGGCACGCAGCAUCAAACUGGGCUCGCCUUGCCUUGGGCGUCAUGGAGUCCACAUCACUGACCUGGAUGUUAGCCCAGACCUCAUGGCAUUACACAUUGGCGACAAGAUCCUUGAAGUCAAUGGCACACCUCUCAGCAGCCAAUCACUGGAAGAGGUUGAAGAACUCAUCAAGUCAACAAACAAGGUGUUACAGCUGACAAUUGAGCAUGAUCCUAGCAAUGUCUCAAGGUGUCCUCUGCUCUGCCCUCCCAGAAGAAAAGCUUUGAGCGACAAGGAAAGGCGGUACAAAAGAAAGGAUGAAGGUGCUGUUGGCACAAGUGGCAUGCGAUCACGUCAGCUCAAAAGGUCCAGUGGUGGCAGGGAGCGCUCGUCGUCUCUUCCACGUCUCCUAGUCAGUGAUUCAGCGGCAUGUGGCAGCCAGCCAUCCUAUGACCUCAGUAGAACCAAGUCAUUCCGCAUUGAGCCAAAAAACCAGAGGAUUUUUCGGGCAUCUGACCUGGUCCAAGGAAAGCUCUUGGGAAAAGGCUUCUUUGGCCAAGUGUACCUGGUGACCCACCGUCAAACUGGUGAGGUGAUGGUGGUCAAAGAGCUCCAUCGGCUGGAUGAGGAGGCCCAGCGGAACUUCCUCAAGGAGGUGGCCGUGUUGCGUUCUCUUCACCAUGAAAAUGUGCUGCGCUUCAUUGGUGUGCUUUACCGGGACAAGCGUCUGCACCUGGUCACUGAGUACGUGAGUGGGGGAUCCCUGCGCAACCUGCUUCAUGACUCGAGCGAGCCUCUGCCCUGGUUGCAGAGGUUGCACCUGGCCAGAGACAUUGCUGCAGGAAUGUGCUAUCUUCACUCUAUGAACAUCAUUCACAGAGACCUGAACUCUCACAACUGCCUUGUCAAGGAGGAUCGGACAGUUGUAGUGGCGGACUUUGGGCUGGCCCGUGUCAUGAGCGACCCCAGUGUGGUGGGGAUUGGCCGCAGGAGCAGCAGUGGUGCCAAGCGUACCUCAGGCGGUGGUGCUGGGGCAGCCAGCAAGCGGCCCGAGCGCAAGAAACGUUACACAGUAGUAGGUAACCCAUAUUGGAUGGCACCCGAGAUGAUGACCGGGAAACUGUAUGACGAGAAGGUGGACCUUUUCUCCUUUGGAAUCGUCCUCUGCGAGAUCAUUGGCAGAGUGCAGGCUGACCCUGACUACUUGCCCCGAAGCAAUGACUUUGGCCUCAACACUGUUGUGUUCAAGGAGAAGUUUUGUGCAAGCUGUCCAGAACCUUUCUAUCACAUUGCCUUCUUGUGCUGUGAUGUUGACCCAGAGAAGAGACCAUCGUUUGAGCUGCUUCAGAAAUGGCUGGAAGGAAUAUCUCUGCACCUUAUAGUGGACAGCCCCCUUCCCAAACAACUAAUGAGGGACAUUGUUAACUACCAGGAUGCAGUUGUUACCAGCACAGACUCAACACCUGAGUCCAUGACACCACCUGAGUGCCGACAGUCUCCCCUGAGAACCAUCAGUGAGCAAGCAUUGGAUUCCCCACGGUUAUCACUGGAGCUGGAGUAAAUUGCUGCACUCUGUUAUUUCACCCCUGCACUUUAUCACAGUGCUCACUUUGGCUCUAUACAUCACACAGUGUUUGUAGAACUGAACUAUUGAUAUGUUGUGUGCUUUCCCUGUGCAAAAAUGUCUGUUUGUUGAGAUAGUGGAAGGCUACCCAUGGGCCUCAGUUUGGUGAAUGAUGUGACCUUUUGUUUUUCUGAGAACUGUUGCCUUGUGCUUCUGAUGAGUUUGUGCAGGAUGUGUAUAUUCAGUCAGGAUGCAUUUGUUGUCUUCAUUCUGUGGUUUGUUAUCUUUUGCAUCACAGUGAUGCAAGCAAUUAUGCAAGAGUGUUUGAGGUCUGUUGAGUCCAGUACAACUGUUGUCCAUGCAUGUUUGAAAUGACAACCAAACACAAAAGUAGACUUCACUGUAUUCUGUUUCACAUAUGGGAAUCUUGUUGCUGGCUUAAAAAAAAAAGACAGCGGUCACAGAUUUACCAAUGUUAUGACUUGCCACUCUGAAAGCCUGACCAGUGCUGCAGUAUGAUUUCUAACUGGACAAGUUGGUAAGCAUUCAAGGAAACGGGAAACACAAAACCACAAGGGACAGAGAGAGAAGUAAUAAGUAGUGAAAACAGAAUCCCCAUGCUUCUCUUGUGCCUUUGCAAUGCUUUUUCUUUAAAGCAGUACUGUCAAAUACCAGCACAAAGAAAGUUGAAGUUACUCUUACAAUGUAGCUUUAAUUGCUAGUCAGCUAAUGCAUGAAAAUUUAUACUUCGCAAAACAUUUUAUGAGGUGGAUGCUAAAUUCUAUAUUCUUUUGCAAACUGUACAACACAAAGAUAAUUUGUCUUGGUGUUGUUACCAUUAUGGUAAUUCACGAUGCAAAAUAGAAGAAAAUGUAUGUGCAGCAACUGCUAUUGGUGCGAACACUUUGGCGAUAGUGGUGACAUCAUUUGUUGCAGUAGCCAUAAACAAAUGGUAACGAGCAAACAUUUAUGGAACUAUGCAAGGUCAUUGAAAUGGUUAAGUGCUAAUAUAGUAAUGUAAUAUAAUAAUAUGAUAUAAUAUAACAAGAGUAUCCGGUAACUGACGCGUCCCGUUACUGAUUACUUUCCGCAAAAGAAGCAACAAAAUUGAACUUCCCCCAUGCGACACUUCGCUGCGACGCAACAAUGUCUUUUUACUUUUUUAUUUACUUUGGGGGGUGGGAGCACCAAAAUAAUAAUAAAAAAAGAAAACUCAAAGGAAAGCAUGUUGGCCACAAUCGAAGCCUAGUUUGGGCACUUAAUGUGGCUACCGAAGGAAUAUAGAAGAAAACGUUAGACACUUGGUCCACAGAUAACCCUACGCAUACUGCUCAGUAGACUACACUGGCGAGACAAGACUUUCUAGAGAGGUUGCGCUCAAGCAAACAUAUUGCAAUCUGUCGAGUCCCCAUAGGAUGGCAACGAGUAACCAUUGUUUCCUUUUUUCGUCUGCUAGCCAGAAAACAUCCAAAACUCUGCCAGGUGCAAAUCCUCUCAGCCAGAGAAAAACAGACACCCAAGUGCGCCAUGUGGUGGUCGGGGCAACAUGAGAAAAAUGCAUGCGAGAAAAUGCAAGCUGGCUCUGGCAGCCCGUGGGUAGUGAGAACAAGAAAAUUGAAGAGGCUCAAUGUGUCCACCUGAAUAAAAGUCAAAGCAGGAAAAUAAAUAAGAAUAUAGUUACUUUUGCUGACUUUAGUGUCUUGACAUAGAUGCUUUGGCGUAGGUGAAAAAAAUGUUGAUAUUCUUUUCUGUGAUAUGACAGCACAAAUGAACCACCACAAUGCUUCAUCUCAUCGGACCUCGCUGCAUGCUUUGUCAACUUGUCUGAUAGUGUGUUGAUUUGGCUUGUCUCAUUGUAUGGUGCGAUGUAUGACUUUAGAAAAGUCAAUGCACUGUGGUGUUGAAUGUUUAUAAGAACAUCAAAACCACAAAGUUCUCGAAUUGAAAAUCUAAACCAUGGAAAUGUCAAAGCAUCUUUCGCUUCAAAAGUUUAUGAAAACUUUAUGCCCAUAAAAUUUUAGAAUUUAAAUCCAUGCACUCUGUAGACUCCGUGGCCUCUGAGAGAUGCCGCGACGAGCUCACUUGCCAUCAAAACGCUCUUGAAACUUUGCGCUCGAAUGAGGCUCCUUGUGUUAUGGGACUCCCGGUGUAUGGGCAUUGCCAUGAAAUCUAGCUCGAGUUCACAAUGUUCGUGCCGAAAUGUCUGGUCGAGCGCAAAAAAGCAUUCUAAACAAAAUGCAGAAUGAUUUCUGGUGCCGGAGGUUAUUUGGUACAGAGGUACAUGAUAGCAAGAAAAUAUUUCGGAGGAGGGGGGGUUGAAGCCUGUGGGGAUGUGCGACUCUCAUGCGUCCCCUGAUGUUUUUCCUGCACGGCGUGUCUCCUGUAAUCCGGCUUCGCCACGUGGCCUGGCGCCCACGGCGGUUGGAGUGGUUGAGGCGCAGUACGAGAGAGGGCGCGAGUGUUGCGCUGCUAACAGCGCCGACAGGCGGGGUUACUUGGGCGCCGAGUGACAAGGCGCUUCCUCUUUCCCGGCGGAUCGGCGAACAGCGUGGACGUCCCGUGCGUGCGCUGACCCAUGCUUCUGCGAGACUGCCUUGUGUGGCCUGCCUUCGAACGCGCCACCGUUCGCGUGACCGUACGCACGAACGACCAGGCAUUGAGAUCCAGCAUGGGGCGAACAUAUUCGCUCGUUAUCCGGUCGCCGUGAGUCGGACUUCUAGAUUUGUCGCGCACCCAUCGGCAUGUUUUGUGAAUAGCAACUCGGCUAGAAGGCAUUGAUCUAUGAAAGGUGCAAUAAAUGCCCUUGUGAUUGUUUGCA